GGCCCCAAAAAUUCAUUGAUUUUCGUCCCUUUAUCCAUCCACAUCACUUGGAGGUGGAGCAUCAAUAGCUUCUUCUCCAUAGCCAUCGCAGAGAAGAAAAGCAUGACAACAACAACAAUGGCGUCCCCGACAACGAUGUUCUCUUUGGGUUCUAUACUUUCUCCGUCCUCUAUUCUUAGCUCUCGUCGCAUCGUUCGUCUCUCGGCAUUUACAAAGAAAACCUCAUUGAACCUCAGUUCGUCACAUAACAUAUCUGGGUUUGCACCAAUUCUUCCCAACAAGCUCUUCACUGUAACACCUCUUCCUCGAAACCCUCAGUCUUUCACUGUUUUCGCUGCCAAAGGCUACAAAAUGAAAACCCACAAGGCUUCCGCGAAGCGGUUUCGGGUAACGGGUAGUGGGAAGAUCAUGAGAAGGAGAGCUGGAAAACAGCAUUUGCUUGGAAAGAAGAAUACCAAGAGGAAAUUACGACUCUCCAAGAUGCUACAAGUUGACCGGAGUGACUAUGACAAUGUGAUUGGUGCAUUACCUUAUCUGAAGGUAAACCGGGCAAAGUAGAGGCGAUGUCUCCAUUAUGCAUGGAGGAUCUGAUUGUUUUGUUUCUUACUGCUUUCUCAGUUUCAUGUAAAGGACAGAAGCUCUUCAAUGUUCAAAUCUCCUAAUCAAGUUGUGUAUUUGAAUUUGCUGGCA